AUGAAUAGUCAGUUCAUAAGAAAGCGUGAUAAGUAGACAGGGAGUACGACUGGCACCAUCGCGUUUUCUUCACGUUCAUAGGUUUACGCAGCGAAAGUGACGUCGAUAAACAGCAGUUAAUAAUCGUGGAACCGAGACAUCGAAGUCUGCCCAACCCCUGGCCCAGUCAUGUCCAUGCAAGCCCCGGGCUUGCUGCCCUCGGCGGCCGCCAGCUCCGUCGCUUCCUCCAUGGAGCCCUCCCAGCAGUCCAAGAGAGAAGACUGGAGGAAAGCCAAGGAGCUGGAGGAGGCCAGAAAGGCGGGAACCGCCCCUGCGCUCACCGACGAAGAGGGAAAAGACAUCAACCCUCACAUCCCCCAGUAUAUUUCUACCGUGCCCUGGUACGUUGGGUACGGCCAACCGACUUUGAAGCAUCAGAGACCACAGGCGGAGAAAGAGAGGCAGUUCUCAGACAUUGCGUCAUGGUACAAGAAGGGAGUACGCGAGGGGGCCGUUUCAACAAAAUUCCGAAAAGGUGCCUGCGAAAAUUGUGGAGCAAUGACGCACAAGAAGAAAGAUUGCGUUGAGAGACCUCGCAAAGUCGGGGCCAAGUUUACAGGGGAUCAGUUUGCGCCAGACGAACACAUGCAGCCAAAGCUGAGCUUUGAUUACGACGGGAAGCGAGACCGAUGGAAUGGCUACAACCCUGAGGAAUACGAAGCGGUGUUAGACGAAUACGCCAAAAUAGAAGAGGCCAAGAAACAGCUUAAAGGCAAGCAGCUUCAAGACUUCGCAUCGGGAGAGCUGACAACCGAGCAACUGGAGAGAGACAGUGACAACAGUGACGCUGAUGAGGACAAGUACGCUGAUGACUUUGACAUGCCGGGUACCAACUUUGACAGCAAAAGACGUAUCACAGUGCGUAACCUUAGAAUCAGGGAGGACACAGCCAAGUAUUUGUACAAUCUUGAUCCAAACUCAGCGUACUACGACCCCAAGACUCGCUCCAUGAGGCAGAACCCCUUCAAAGAUCAGAGUGCUGAAGAUUCCAAAAUGGCCGGCGACAAUUUUGUCAGAGCGACGGGAGACACGAAAGAGAUGGCCACAGCACAGCUGUUUGCAUGGGAGGCUUCAGAAAAAGGAACUGACGUACAUCUGCAGGCCGAGCCCACCAAGCUAGAGCUGCUACACAAGGAGUUCUCUGUCAAGAAGGACGACUUCAAGGCAAACCAGAAAGGCAGCAUCUUGGAGCGAUAUGGAGGAGCAGAGCAUCUGGAGGCACCAGCGCGGGAACUCUUGUUGGCCCAGACGGAGGACUAUGUUGAGUACUCCAGGCACGGCAAUGUCAUCAAAGGUCAGGAGAGGGCAAAGGUCAAAUCCAAAUACCAAGAGGACGUCUUGACCAGCAAUCACACGAGCGUGUGGGGUUCGUACUGGAAGGACUUCCGCUGGGGCUACGCCUGCUGUCACUCCACCGUCAGGGGUUCCUACUGCACGGGCCAGGCUGGACGGCAAGCCUCUACCAUGGACUUGGCUAUUAUACCUGAGCAGGAACGCGAAGAAAGCGAGGAAGAAGAGCCGAAAUCCCUGAUGGAGCAACACAAAGAACGGUUGGAGAAAGAGCGAAGAAGAAAGGAGAAAAAGAAGAACAAGAAGAAGAAGAAAAAGAAGAAGAGACAUCAGGAGAGCAGCAGCGAUGAUAGUGACAGUGAAGAGGAUGAGGAGGCAAUAAAACGGAAGAAACUACAAGAGGCACUGCAGAAGGAAGCAGAGAGCCAGCGGGAGGCUGAGCGCAUCUUGGCCAUGGACGAGCGCAAGCGGCCGUACAACUCCCUGCGCGCCAUGGAGACCAAGGAACCAACUGAAGAAGAGAUGGAGGCAUUCCGUAUGAAAAGGAGACGAUUCGAAGACCCCAUGGCACACUUCUGAAUAACCCUCUGUACAUAGAAUUAACCCUUCAGCACCUGUACUAGAUUGUAUUACAUUGUAUUUAAUUGUAUUACAUCGUAUUAAUUCCCUGAUGAGUACAUACAACCAUAGUGUGCUUGGGCAAUUUUGGGCAGCACAGUGUAAAUAGGCAGGGUGUUUUUGGGUGGUACAUGAAGCAACUGAUACAUUUCUUUGUGUACAGUGAGCUGACAUAUUGCUUCCAUGGUCUUUUGUUUUGAAUAAAUGUUCAGCUGUCUACAGCUGAUUGUAGAUAGCAUUCUCAAAACUUUUCAAGAUUUGAGAUGUGGUGGCUUUUUGUUAUGGGGUUUUUCCUUUUUGUAAAUACUUCUCCGAGCCCUCCCCACUUUAUAAGUUCAAAACUGUAUUAUACUUUCCAUACUGUCCAUGACUUCAUAUACUUGUACAGAUAAAUUAAAGUUCCUAUACCUUGUCAAGAUUUUUCUCAGGGGGUUUACUGUUACCACUUGGGGCUGGGAUUAUCUUUGGCCGAAAAAAAACACCAUUUUUCAAUAAAGACAAGCUAAAUUGGCCAAAUAUUCGAAUUAAGUCAAACACAAUACUGAUUCUUGAGAGUCAUUUGUACAAAGUUUGUGCGAUACUUCUCAACGUGCCUUCAUUUAUUGCAACACUCCAAGGCCCCGCCAUGGAGUGAUAUUUGCUACGAUGACAGGCGGUGUACCAUGGCCAAGUUCUUCAAAACACGGUGUGCACAAAACCAAUGGGAACCACUGACGUGUAUACACGUCCACUGCCAGCAACUCGGUGAAAGCUUGACAAUUUAACCCAUCAGACGCCCCUGCAAAUAUGCAUUGCCAGAUCAUGGUUACACGUCCUCUGGUGUUAACUGUUUAAAGUUGGGUCCGAUUUCCGAAUUUGCCGUGCAAAAGUUUUACUUUGAGUGUCAAUUAACUCCACAGAAAUGCUUUUUGCAAAAGUAUAAUGGAGAUGUUUUAAUGGCUGAAACUGUACAUUGAAUUUUAGUCAUCAAGUGUAGAGCCAAUUCCAGAUACGUAAGAAAUAAUAAUUGUUACAAAUAACCACUGCAGGAGAACGACUGUUCAUCUUUUGCUGGUAGAAAAAUUAUUUUAUUUACAUGUACAUCAAAAUAUGGCAACAAUACUUGACAAUAUUGUUAUGUAAAUUAUACAAAACGAUGCAUCAUAAAGUAUCGUUCACAUUCGUAACCUCCAGGUUUGGUUAUAGUGUAACAUUUUACAUUGUGAAGACUUUUUGACAAUAAAGCAUUUGUCUUAACCAGUCAAACUUA